AACAGAUCGAGAUGAGGCGAAUGAAAAUCAGGGCCGUGCCCAACAUGCGGCCAGGGGGUAGCCAGCGCACAGGGCCAGGGCCAAACAAAACUGCUGCCUCGUCCAUCAAGCUGCCAGGCAUUGUGAAGGAGGAGGCCCCUGGAAAUGAUCCUCAGGGCUCAGCAGAGCUUGAGGCAAAUGCAACCUUGCAGAGUUCAGAAAUGAAUCAUCCUGACAGCCACACAACUGCAGAUGUAAUAGCACAAUCAAUCAAGUUAGAGAAGACUAGUGUAAAGGGAGCAGCUCCAGAGGAAUUGAGUUCACCCUCUACAAGCCAGACUUCUCUCUCUAAUAUUUCACCACAAAGGAAUUUGUCUCAAGAAAGUAUUUUAUUAGACAAGGCUAGUACACAACAAGACUCAUUGUUGACAUCACAGAGUGAUAACCCUGUGGUGCAUGUAGCUAAGGAUACAAAGGUACAGACUGAAAGCCAAGCAGAAGGAAGUUUGGGACCUCCUGAAGAUGUAAAAGUGAAACAAGAGUCUGUGCAAAAUACUGCGUCUGCUGGAGAAAACAAAGCUUUAGCAAGUAUGCGUAGAAAGAGAUUAAAAAUUGCACCAAUGGUUAGCACUGGUAGAAAAGGUGCCAUUAAUGCUCCUAGUGUGUGUGAACCUAGUACCUCUAAAAAGACUGUAGGCAGUGAAACCAUUGACAGAAAGACAGAAAGAACACUUGCUGUGUCUCAAGGUGCAGAAGCAAAGAGCAGGGAUGAACAAAGUGUUAGUUCUCAAAUGGAAAAGGACUCUAAAAACAAUAUUAGUAAAACAGAAAUUAUAGACAUUUGUACAGAAGAAAAAGAUUUUAGUCAGGGAGGAACAUCAGACACAGCAAAAGAGAGUGAAAUAUCCAUAAUAAGUGAAGGCAUAGCAAGUGGCACAUCAGGUGUAGUGCCAGUUGGUUCAGCAUCAAAAGACAAAUCACAAGAUCCUCAGGUUAAAAGAGUCAAAUUUGCAGCAGAUACUGUUAUGGCUCAUACUUCAAAUUAUAAACCCACUGAUUCAGAAGUAGUAGUGAUAAAUUCAGAUAUUUCACCAGAAGCUUCUCAGUCGAGUUCAGAAGAACGAAGAAAUGAUGAUAGUGGAAACUCGCUUUUGAAAAGUAAAUGUGACAGUAAGGAAGGAGUCCAGGCAGUGGAGUGCGUUGAAAGUAGUACAUCUCAGGGCAGUGGAACAUGUAUUAGGAGAGCAAGGAUACGAGCCAAACCUGCCUUUUCAGUGAAAAAGAGACCCCCCAAGAAGGUGGAUGCUGUGGAAGUGAAGAAAGAACCGUCCACAAAAGAGGCUGAAGAAGUAAAGAGUCAGCCUAAAGAACCUGAAACAAGCACGGCCAUUUCAUCCUCAGUAGUAGGAGAUGGAGCUGAACAGGAACCAGUCACUGAAAGGACUGAAACCUCGGUUGUACAAGAAAGAGUAAGAAUACUGAAGAGAGAAACUGCUGUGGCAACAACAGAAAGUAGUGAGGAAACUGUUUCAAAUCAACAAUCUAAAAAAACAGAUAGUUCUAUAGAGGAAAGCAAAGAGUUUGUUCUGCAGCAAAGUAAGAUACUAGAGAAGAAUAGACAGGAGUUAACACAGGAGGAAAGAGUGAGGGAAAGAGAAGAUGCUGACAGUGAUGACAGCUGUGGUGAUAAGGAAAAUUCAUCAAAAGGAAUCAAACAUAUCAAAAAGGAAGUGACAUCUAAGAGUAAGUCAUUUAAACCAAGUAAGGGGAAGUUGUCCCAAGUGGGCCUAACUUCACCAAAGAUUAAGCUGGUAAACAAAAUAAAAGGGAAUGAAAUUGACAGCAAAGAAUCUAUUGAAAGUACAGAGAAGAAAAUUUUCCGUGAGAGGAAGGAGAAGUUCAGAAAAAAAUUGACAAAAGGGUCUUUAGAGCCAAAGAGCAUGACCAUGUUUGACCUCAUUUUCUUCAAUCCUGCAGCUAACCCCAUGCCAGGGCGAUCUGACUCGCCAAAGAAAAGGCGACGCCUCAAUAGUAAGUGUGAGACAGAGAGUGUGACUUCCGACAUCUUGGAAGAGCAGAAAGUUGACGAUUUAGGCUUGGAUACAUCAGAACCUCCAGAAGAAAGCAGACCUAGCACUCCAGAAGUCCAGGUGUGUGAGGAAGAUAAAGAGGACUUGCAGAAAGACUCUCAGGAAGAUGGUGAAGAACCAGAGAAGAAUGAGGAGGAGGAACAAGAGGAACAGAAGGAAGAAGAAGUAGACACAUUAGCCCCCAGGGUGAAAAUUGGUGCAAACGGACAGAUCAUCCUAGAUGAGACAAGCCUGAAGAUCCGAACGACAGCCGCCAAGAAUAGGGAUGAGAUUCUGAGCAAAGCAGAGGUUGUGGAAGAAAGCAACGACACCAGCCACUAUGGGAAGUGGAGCAAGAAGAGGAAACGGUCCUCCCUGUGGACAAUGAAGGAGACGGCCAGGUUUUAUAAGGCCCUCUCCACUGUGGGUACUGACUUCUCCCUGAUGGAGACCUUGUUUGCCUGGAGGUCACGGGCUGAGCUGAAGACAAAGUUCAAGAAAGAGGAGCGCAGCAACAGAGCAUUAGUUGAUAAGGCCCUCCAAGACUCCACCCAGUUUGACUUCUCCUUGUUUGAUAUCGAGUCUGAUUAUGACCCAGAAGAAGACAGAAAGGCAUGCAAAGAAGCUGAGCGAGAAGAGGCCAAGCGUAGACGGCUGGAAAUCAAACAGGAAGAGAAAGCACGGGUAAAGGAGGAAAAGGAGAAAAUUAAGGCGCAUAAAUCAAAUUUGAGAAAAAAGAGAGAUCUGCUGAAGAAAAUAAAAAAAAAGAAAAAAGACACAAGUGAUGAAGAAGAGGAAGACGAGGACUUGGAGGAGGAGGACAUCCCGUACGACGACGGGAAUGACCCCAGCAGCGGUGACGAAGCAGAGAUGGAAGAGGCUCCUGCACCAGAUGGGGACAGUGACAAGGGUGAAACAAGCAAAUUGCCCAAGAAGGAGAUUAAACCGCAGAGGAAGCGGAGGAAGAGAGCUGUUCCUAAAAAGAAAUCAGAGCAAAGCCCUCUGGUGAUCAGCGAGGUGACUGUCACAGUGGAAACAGUCAAGUACAACCAGCCAGCCAGUUCAGAAGAGUAUGUCUGUGAGAAAACUAUUGCAGAAGAUGCAGCUGAAGGUUCCAAAGACCCCAUAGCAGUGGGCCAUAGUACAUUUGCAACACAAGGAACAGAAUCUGCAGAUACAGAAGCUGAGCAGAAGGUGUGGCACUUCCCAAUAUCAGAUAUCCAGACUUUGGAAGAUGGAAAGCAGGUUGUUGAAGUCCCAACUCCUGCUGGCCCCAAGAUUGUCCCCGUGCCCACUCUUGCACCAGGGACCUCGAAUGUCAUCGUCAUGGCGACAGACGCCCCGGAUUCUCCUGGUGAACACAUAUAUCACGUUUAUCUUGUGUCUCCUCUAGAGAAUGCAUAACUGCUCAUAUUUUAUGGGAUGUUUUGUUGAUAAGGGAGAUAAGUAUCUAAAAUAAGGAUAAACGUUUUAUUACUCAUGUUAGUGAUUUUAUUUCUCUUCAUUGUUUAGUGGGGGAUGAAAUUGGAUAUUUGAAUUAUUUGUAAGUUAAAAUAUGAUCCUAGUCAUUGGUAGCUACACAUGGGGUUGUAGAAAUAUCAUUAUCAUACAUAGGUAAGAACUGUACAUUUUUUUGUUUUAUGUGUUUGUAGAGUUCCUCUACAAAUUUCAUUGAGUGUGUGAAAAGUUUGAGGUUUCCUUAUACUUACUAAGCAUAAGUAAUAGGUACAUGUAUGUAUGUAUGUAU